AUGAGUAGCAGCCAAAAGGUGAUCGAUACUGUGUCUGACGAAUUCGUUAGGAGAAUAGAGGUGAUAGUUCAGUAUAUUUUACUUAUAGAUGAGCUGAUUUUGAGGACUGCUGCAAUCGCCGUACCCCCAACUACCGAAACUGAUGUUAUUCAGGACCGUUGCUGUGGACUAAAUACGGAAGAAGCUAUUUUCACAGAUUCCCAGUUGGACGUACCAGUAAUAGAAAAUAUAAUGAACUGUAGUCCUUCACCAACCACCAUGAGUACCGACAAUGACCCUGAACCAUUUAUUCCAUCUGACAGCUCUUAUACUCCUUCCAAUCAAGCUAGUGAAUCUGAUAGUGAACCAGACGAGGAAUAUUGCGAAGAAAAUGAUAUGAGUCCUGUAUCUAGGUUCGUGUAUCAAAGUAUAUUUCAUGAACAUGACCCACCGCUUUCUUUUUAUAAGCCAAAAAAAGACCAAUGUACUGUAUGCAAUGUUUUCAAGGCAUCGCAAAACAAAGAACCUUCACGUGUCAACUUCGAAAACCAUAAACGUCGAGAGAAGGAGUCACUAGAAAUGAAAGAGAAUGAUAAAAAACGUGCAGUUGAAAACAAGGGAAGAGAGUUCAGAGCAAUCUCUUUUGAUUUGCAAGCCAUUUUGCCCAUUCCCUUUGCAGGUGCCGCUAGAGUCAGGAAAGUAUGCAUGUCCUAA